GUCAAAGUGUUUGAUAACAAGUGUAUCCCUCACCACCACCCCUCCCCAACAAGUGAAUUUAUAAUAUUAUUAAUAAUUAUAUUAAAUAUAAUUAACUUUAAUAAUAAUUUAUUAAUUCAAUGUACCUGAUCAAAUGACAUGUAAUAUUUCGAAACAAAAAAAAUGCAUCAGUUAAAUAUUUAAUAACAAAUAAUAUUAGUUUAUUUUCAAAAGAAAAAAAGAGUAAAAUUUACUCAAUUUUUCAUAGAUUGUAAUUUGUACAACUCCCUUUUUUAUUGAAAUUCCGUAGAGCUCAUUGGCAACCCUGACAUCCAGAUGACUUAGCCUCAAAUGACUCAGUGCUCAUCAUAACAAUAAGUGACUAAGAAAAAAAACAAUCAAGAGAAAAAGUGAGAUGUUGUCUUGAGUAUCAAGUGUAAGUUAUUUAUUAUUUUACAAAAGUUACGCCCAUUGGGCACCACAGCUGUCUUCUUUACAUAAGAAAUAGCAAUAAUGGUUACUUGAUACAAGUCCGACAUUUUGCUCCAAAAAAUUUACUAGUUUACUCCAUUUGAGCAAAUUAAUUAUUGAAAAAAAUUUAACUAUAUAGAAACAAAGGAAAAUAAAUUUAAUAAACAAUAAUUUAAAAAAAAUAAUAGACAACAAUAUAAAAAAAUACCAUGACAGAAUAUAAAUUAGUUGUUGUUGGAGCUGGAGGUGUUGGUAAAUCAGCAUUGACAAUACAACUUAUACAAAAUCAUUUUGUUGAUGAGUAUGAUCCAACGAUAGAAGAUUCAUACAGAAAACAGGUUGUUAUAGAUGGAGAAACAUGUUUGUUGGAUAUUUUAGAUACAGCUGGUCAAGAAGAGUACAGUGCAAUGAGAGAUCAGUACAUGAGAACUGGUGAAGGAUUUUUAUUAGUUUUUGCAGUAAAUUCAGCUAAAAGUUUUGAGGAUAUAGGAACUUAUAGAGAACAAAUAAAAAGAGUUAAAGAUGCAGAAGAAGUACCAAUGGUACUAGUUGGUAACAAAUGUGAUUUACAACAAUCAUGGGCUGUUAAUAUGACACAAGCAAGAGAAGUUGCACGUCAAUAUGGUGUACCAUUUGUUGAAACAUCAGCUAAAACAAGAAUGGGUGUUGAUGAUGCAUUCUACACUUUGGUAAGAGAAAUUCGAAAAAAAAAAAAAGACAAAGAUAAUCGUGGAAAAAAAAAUUGGGGACGUAAACGUGAUGGUACAUCAAGCAACAGAAGAAUACGAUGUUGUCUUCUUUAAAUAAUCCAGUUAACGUAAAUAAAACAAAGACAAAUUAAACAAAAAAUAAUAAUAUGCAAGUUUUAGAUUGUAAAAAGCCUUAAAAUAUGUUGCAGCUUGCUUUGAUUCGAUAUUUUCAAAUGACUAUAGCACAAUUUUUUACAAAAAAAAACAACAAUCAAUUAAUCAAUGAACAAAUUCUUAUAUCAGUGAUGUUUAUAAUAUCAAAAUGAAUUUAUACUCUUUAGAUUUUUAUUCUUAAAAAAGAAAAAAACAUAAACAAGUGUUGUCAAAUAAUUAUUAAACUAGUUUCAUUGCAAACAAAUAAUAUUUCUAAACUCAACGCGCAAAUUAAUUCAUGGCAAUAUUUUUUUUUUAUGUGCCACGAGUGUUUCAUAUUGUCCAAUAAUUAAUCAAUUUUUAUUUACAUUUUUUGACUGUUUAAUAUGUAAUUCUAAUCACGAUUAUUCAAAUAAUAUUUUAUAUUCUUUUUUGCCAUUCAAACUUGUUGAACUAAUUGUUAUGCAAUAUGAAAAAUAUAUAUAUUUUUAUUUCGGCAAAUUUUGUGAAUAUAAAAUACAUAAGAAAAAGAAAAAAAAAAAGAAAAUAAUAAUCCCUUGUCUAUACUCAGUGCUAUUUCUAUUUUUCAUUUUUUUUUCUGUGACAAAACUAAAUGCCUGCAAAAUUGCCACAAAAAUUUUUCUUAAUUUGUAAAUUUUUUAGCUUAAAAAUAUUUCUCAAAAAAUUAAUCUAUUAUUAAAAUUCAAUAUACAUAUAAUGAAAUAGUGUUCACUAGUUUUCGUAUGAAAGAAAAAAAAAAAAUUUAGUAAAUAAUAACAUGUUAAUAACUAUUUUCAAGUACCAUCAUUAUCAUAAUUUUAAAAAAAUCAUCAAAGUUAAUCUUUGAAUAUGCCAUGUGAUGGCAUUUAACUGUGAAUUCUGCAAAGAAAUAAUUAAUUAGUUAGUCAUAAGUUAAUUUGAAUAAAUAAAUAAAAAAGUUUAUAUAUAAAUCAAUUUGUUUUUUAUUAAAAGUGAAAAAGAAAAACAAAUAAAAAAAUUACCUAGUGCCUUGAAGAGGGGGUUGGUGUAAAAUUUGACUUAUACAUUACAUCAAAUUACAUUUUUAUAUUUUGAUUAUUUUAUCGAAGCAACUAGGUAAAUAUAAAAUCAUCGUACAUUAAUUUACGUCAUUAUGCAUGUCGCUAUAUCACUGUCAUGUUAUUGAUGCUAAAUAUAUAUUUAUUAUUGUAUAUAAUAUAUAGAUCAUUUUUAUAAUGUAUAAACUAUUUUCUAAUCACAUACGAAAUAGAAUGGCACGUCAGUCUGUUACGUUUUAUUAAUUGAAUUACUUAAUUCGUAUUAUUAUUAUUUUUCAUUUUAAUUACUACUGCGCGUUACAUAAUUAUUAUUUUAAAAAUAAUUUGGGUUUAAAUUAUUAUUGGGCCAUUUUUUAUGGCCAUAGAAAAAUUAUCCAAAUUAUUAAUAUACACAUUUGGCGGAUAUACAAGUGAAGACGUAUUUUUAUCUAUUCAAUUAAGAAUAAAAAAUACCAAAUUAAAAUUUAGAUACUGUACUGUUUUGUUGUUAUAUUAUAACAAAUACAGUUUUAUUUUUUUUUCAUUUAAUUUUAGUUAUUUUAUUCACAAGAAUAAAUUAAUUUCGUUGAAGUUUGAAUGUAUUUGCAAAUUAAUUAAUUAAUCAAUUUUUUUUCGUUAUAUUUAUAUGGAUUUUUAGGUGAUUAAAUGAGCUUUGUAAUUAAAGUGUGAGUAAUUGUUACAAAGAUCAUUAAAUUACCUAAAAAAUAAGACUAAUGUAAAGUUUGUAAGAUGAAAAUUGAAGUUCUGGUUUUAAAAAUUUGAUACACUUUAAGCAAAAAUUAAAACGUACAUUUAAGUGUCAACAAAUUAAACAAUUAAAGCCAUAAAUAAAAAGUGCAGCUUAAAUAAAAUCAACUGUCUCAAUAAAUAUUUUUAAUGAUUCAAAUAACAAUAGUCAUUUGAAUCAUCAAAAAUUACUCUUGAUACAUUUGAUUCUCUUUAAACUGCUUUUUUUUUUUUAAUUUAAAUUUUAAAAAAUCAUUUAUAUCUACUUUGUUUAUAUAUCUAUAUAUAUUUUUUUUUUUUGUAUAACAUAAUUAUUUGUAUAAAGCCUAGAGAUUCAAAAGAAAAAAAAAAAUAAUAUUUGUUUUUUUUUAUGUCAAUUUUUUUCGUUGACUUAAUAGUUUGAUUAAUUAAAAAGUAUUUAUUUAAUAGACUUUCGUAGUCUAUUAUUAUGCGCCAUUUAUGUUUGGUAUUUCGA